AUGAUUGAUUCUGAUAUAAUGAGUGAUGAUAUAACUAUUAACAGUAGUAGUUCUGAUAAUGAAGAAUUAGCUAUUGAAGCUACUGAAGAUAUGUGUGAUGAAAGAUAUUUAUAUAAAAAAGUUGUUAAACAAAAUACUGAUUCUAUUGAUACUAUGUGUAUUAAUUCUGAUUAUACUAAAAUUGCUGUUGGAGGAAAAGAAGGACUUCUUAAAGUUUAUGAUUUUAAUGAAGAAACUUGUUUUACAUUAUGGAGAGAUGUUAGGCAUAGAAGAAAUUAUAAAAUGAGCAUGUUUAAUACUAUUUCACUUUCAUGGAAUAAAGUUGAUGAUAGUCUUCUAGCAUCAAUUGUUCCUAAUGGAACGAUAGCUGUAUUUGAUUUAAAUAAUAAUUAUACAGAUCGUCUUUUUGCUUCAACAGCAACCUCUACAGCAACAAAAAUUUGUUUUAAUGAUUUUGAUAAAAAUAUUCUCCUUUCAGGAUACACUGAUUCUAAUUGUUGUUUGAUUGAUCUACGUACUGAAGGAUUUGCUGCUAUUUAUAAUGGUUCUUAUUCACCAGUACGUGAUGUAAAAUUUGAUACCAGUCCAGAUUUAUCACAUAAUUUUUUUGCUGUUGAUGAUUGUGGAAUGAUUAGUAUUUGGGAUUCAAGAAAAACUAAUAAACCACUUAAAACUAUUCCUGGUCAUCAAGGAACUAUUAAUAAUAUUGCUAUACAUCCAUUUAAUAAAAAUGUUUUUGCUACAGCUGGUAUUGAUAGAUAUAUUCGUCUAUGGGAAAAUAAAAAUGUUGUUAAAUGUUUAGGAAAAAUAGAAACUAUGUUUCCUGUUUAUAGGAUUGCAUUUAAUCCUAGUGAAAAUAAUAUGUGGAAAAUUGCAUCUUCUUAUAAUACCAAUGGACUUGGUAUUGUACAUAUAUGGGAUUUUGAAAAACCUUCUUUACCAUUAUUAUCAUUAAAUGAGCAUACCAAUACAAUAAGUGAUAUUGUUUGGCCAAGUAUUAAAAAAAAAACAUUAUUUACUGCUGGAAAAGAUCGUUUAAUAGUUAGGCAUAAUUUAAAUGAUGGAAAACAUAUAUUAAAACAUGUUAAUUUAAAUGGUUUAGCUAUAUCUCCAUAUGAUGAUAUUGCUGUUUCAAUAAGUCAUUACAAAGAACAAUUAUCAUUACCAUCUAAAAAAGAUAGAAAAAUAUCAGGAAAUGGUAAAACAUUAGAUAUAUUUAAAGAUACCAUUCCAACAAUUCGUGAUAAAAAAGGAAGUGUUUAUAUAAAAAAUGUUUUUGAUAAAUUUAUUCCUAAUAUUUCUACCUCAUUAUUAGUAGAAUAUGCCCAAAGAUAUAAAAUGUAUCAUGAUAGUAAAUAUACAGCAUGCCAAUAUAAUUAUAAAUUAUGUACAGAACUUGGAGAUCGUGAAACAGCUGAUUUAUGGAAAAAAAUAAGUUUAUUUUUAAAAUUUGUAAAAAAUGAACCACAUUUAUUGGCUGAGAAAAAUAAUAGUUCAAAAACAUUAACACUUAGUGUAGAUAAUGACUCUUAUUAUCCAACAUCAGAUGAUUUAUUUUCUGAAUCAGAAUCUGACACUGGAACAUUAAAAAUAAUUCCUGAAGAAGAUGAAGAAAAAAAAAAAGAUAAAAUUGAAAAAAAAGAUAAGAUAAAAGUUGAGAAUGAAGAGGAUGAAGAUGAGGAGUAUAAUAACUAUAUUUAUUUUAAAUAUGGUAUUGAUUUAGAUAUAGAAUUAUUAAAAUUAUAUAAGCAAGAUAUUAAAACAAAUGAACAAGUUAUGGCUCAAGAAAAUCCGUUUUAUGAAUUAAAUGACACUGAAUUAAUUGAAGCAUAUAAAAAAGAAAAAGAAAAAUCUAAAGUUUGGGAUAUUACUACAAUAAAAAAUGAAAUGAUGGAUCCAUAUGAUCCUUCAUUAUUAGAAAAUGAUGAAAAUAGAGAUUGUAUAAAUAUUAAUAAAAUUUUAAAAGAAAGAGUUUUUCAAGAGUUAGUAAUUGAUAAAGUUCCUGAUGAUGAUGAUGGUGAAUUUAUUGAUGAAAGAAUCAAAGAAUUAAAAAUACAAAAUGUUUUAGAAUGUAUAAAUAGUAGGAUAGAUUUUUGUCAUGAUAUAGAAUUAGAUGCUAGUUGUAUUGUUAAAGAAAUUGUUAUUAAACAAGCUGAAAUGGGAAAACUUCAAUUUGUUUGUACAGUUAUUCUUAUUAUGGGUGAUGUAGCUGAAGUUAUUUUUACUAGAAAACAAAUUGAAAAAUGGUUUUUAAGUUAUAUUGAAUUGUUAAGAAGAUAUCAACUUUAUGGAGUUUCUGCUUAUUGUAUUAAUAAAUGUCCUAUAGAUAGUGUUCGAGCUUUAAGUCUUCAGAGUACUUCAUAUAAAUUAGCGUGUAAUGAUUGUAAUGGAUCAUCAGUAGAAAAUAGAAAAUGUGAUAAUUGUCAAGUUUAUUUAGAUUAUAUUUGUCGUGUAUGUGAAAGAUAUGUACAAGGAUUAUUUAUUUCUUGCCCUGAUUGUUUUCAUGGAGGACAUUUAUUUCAUAUGAAAGAUUGGUAUAGUAAAUUUACUCAAUGCCCUGAUAUGACAUGUCAUCAUGAAUGUGGAAGAAAAAUGAAAUUAAUUAUAAAGGAUUAUUAA